AUGGCUGAAGUUCAUAUCACUUAUGUCACUGUAUUCAUUCUGAAAGGAAUUACUGACCGGCCAGAGCUUCAGGCCCCGUGCUUUGGGGUGUUUUUAGUUAUCUAUCUGGUCACAGUGCUGGGCAAUCUUGGGUUGAUUACCUUAAUCAAGAUUGAUACUCGACUCCACGCACCUAUGUACUAUUUCCUCAGCCACCUGGCCUUUGUUGACCUUUGUUACUCCUCUGCUAUUACACCGAAGAUGAUGGUGAAUUUUGUUGUGGAACGCAACACCAUUCCUUUCCAUGCUUGUGCAACCCAACUGGGUUGUUUUCUCACCUUCAUGAUCACUGAGUGUUUUCUAGCCUCCAUGGCCUACGAUCGCUAUGUCGCCAUCUGUAGUCCCCUGCAUUAUUCAACACUGUUGUCAAGAAGAGUCUGCAUUCAACUGGUGGCAGUUCCAUAUAUAUACAGCUUCCUGGUUGCCCUCUUCCACACCGUUAUCACUUUCCGUCUGACUUACUGUGGCCCAAACUUAAUUAACCAUUUCUAUUGUGAUGACCUCCCCCUCUUAGCUCUGUCCUGCUCAGACACACACAUGAAGGAAAUUCUGAUUUUUGCCUUUGCUGGCUUUGAUAUGAUCUGUUCCUCUUCCAUUGUCCUCACCUCCUAUAUCUUUAUUAUUGCCGCUAUCCUAAGGAUCCGCUCUACUCACGGGCGACACAAAGCCAUUUCCACCUGUGGCUCCCAUAUGGUGACUGUCACUAUUUUCUAUGGCACAUUGAUCUUUAUGUACCUACAGCCCAAAUCAAAUCACUCCUUGGACACAGACAAGAUGGCUUCUGUAUUUUACACAGUGGUGAUCCCCAUGUUAAACCCCCUAAUCUAUAGUCUAAGGAACAAAGAAGUGAAAGAUGCCUCAAAGAAAGCCUUGGAUAAAGGUUGUGAAAACUUACAGAUAUUAAAAUUUUUAAAAAUAAGAAAACUUUAUUAA